GUGGGAACAACCACAUUCCCUCUUCUUUAUGCUCUUACACUCACCUGCAGUGGGCCCCAACGCCGGACUCGGAUUGACCCCACCGGCUCUCUAUCGUCAAACUCCCAAAAGGAAUCCCCAAACAAGCGACACGGAGCUCGAUCACGAUCUAGGUUUGGCUUUCCCUUCACCAGCGGUUUCUCCAGCGUUCCGUUUUUCCACCCGAGGAUGAUGGAUCAUGAAUCUCACCAGGGAUUUGACUUGGAUGAAAGCGAUUUAGAUAUGCAAACUGAAUCGUAUGAGAACCAUCGGAGGAUAGAAGAUGGGAUCCCAGAGGACGACGAGGUGCCAGAACAUUGCGUUGGAGCUUUGGAGCCAUACAUAGGCAUGGAGUUCAACUCAAGAGAUGAAGCUAGAGAAUUCUAUGUUGCCUAUGGUCGCCGCUUUGGUUUCACUGUACGUAUACACCAUAACCGUCGAUCACGAGUCAACAAUCAGGUGAUUGGUCAAGAUUUUGUUUGUUCAAAAGAAGGCUUUCGUGCAAAAAAGUAUGUUUACAGAAAAGACAGAGUUCUUCCCCCGCCCCCUAUCACCCGAGAGGGCUGUCAAGCAAUGAUAAGGCUGGCGUUGAGGGAUGGGAUGAAGUGGGUUGUCACCAAAUUUGUGAAAGAACAUAAUCAUAAGCUAAUGAGCCCCAGCAAAGUCCCAUGGCGGGGAUCUGGAAAGCACUUAGUCAGUGAGGACGAGAAAGAUAAGAGAAUCCGGGAACUAUCCAUUGAGUUGUAUAAUGAGAGGCAAAAGUGUAAGCGAAAGUGUGCUGCAUAUGAAGAACAGUUAAAUAUGAUUUUGAAAGAUUUGGAAAAACACACAGAACACAUAUCCAAAAAAGUUGCUGAUAUAGUUCAAAGCAUAAAAGAUAUUGAGGACGAACAAUUGGACUCAGAUAGUGGCUAGAGUUAGUGCACCUUGUACUGUAUCUUCCCUCAAUCGUGGUUUUUCUUCGAUGUGUUGAUUAAGCCCCAUAUGCCUUUCCAUGAGCCACAUGUUCAUUAACUUUCUUUGUUCACUUAUGCUUUGAGUUAAAUUAAUCAUUGAAGUGGAGAAAGAUUAAGGUCCUCAACAUCAAUUAUGCCUCUCCGAGCAAAUCAGUGGCUGGUAUGAGGUGUCCUGGCUCAAGGUGCUUACUCUCAUGACAGUCAUUGCAGUGUAGUAUGGGUGAUUUAUUCUUCUUGGAGAAAUGUUGAAUCAUCAUCUGCAGAAAAGGAGUAUAUCGUCUUAGCCAAAGAGCCGAGAAAGAUUUACUGGCAGUGGCAGCCUAUUUGCAAAAGUAGAUGUUAGAACAAUCCAAGUAGGUCCCAAGGAAAUAGGACUCAUUCACUGGGUCUCAGACCGGUUUGGUGGCAGUUUGUAAAUGGAUACCAAAAUCCAAGGUGUUACCCUAAGCCUUAGAAUAAGAGACAAUUUACUUACAAAUAUUAAUUGUACAAAAAAAAAAAGACAAAAAAGAACAAAAAAAAAAGGGGGGUAUAUUUGUAGAUGUCUGUUUUUGUGUUUUUAUAUGUGGAUUAAUUUACUUACUAAUGCAUUUUUGUUUUCUUUUUUAA